GUCUGUUUCUCCAUAGAUCAAUAUUUUUGCGUGUGGAAAAUGGGAAGGAUCAUCGACGAGGGAUAUGGAGGGAUUGACCAACGUCCGUUCCUGACAUCAGAAGUCUCCGCCAGAGACGGCCAGCAAACUGCUGCCAUCCCGGAGCAGAUUAAUGGAUCAGCAGGAAGCACCAAUGCAAUCAAUAAGGGGGAGGAGGCCGGGGAGCUGCCGCUGGGGAGGAGAGUAUGGAGGGAAUCGAAGAAGCUAUGGUACAUACUGGGGCCGUCCAUAUUCAGUCGGCUGGCCAACUUCUCCAUGUUCGUCUCCACUCAAGCCUUCGCUGGCCACCUUGGCGAGGUUGAGCUCGCUGCCAUGGCAAUCACCAUAACUGUCAUCAUUGGCUUCAACUUUGGCUUCAUGCUAGGGAUGGCAAGUGCAUUGGAGACGCUGUGUGGGCAAGCCUUCGGGGCGAAGAGGUACCACAUGCUAGGAAUUUACGUACAGCGGUCGUUCAUCGUGCUCUUCGUCUGCUGCUUCCUCUUCUUGCCUCUCUAUAUCUUUGCAGCGCCGCUGCUCCGCCUCCUGGGCCAGUCAGAUGCUGUGGCAGAGCUCACCGGGGAGCUUGCACUGUGGGUGAUCCCCACACACUUCAGCUUCGCCUUCAUCUUUCCACUUGUUCGGUUCUUCCAGAGUCAGCUCAAGACUCCCGUUAUCGCCUUUGCCUUUCUGUUGGGGCUGACAGCGAACGUGGCCGCCAGCUGGCUCUGUACGUACGUGCUUGGCUUCGGGGUCUUUGGGCUUGCGUUGUGCCUGGCCCUAGGGUGGUGGUUGGUAGUGUUCGGGAUGCUUGGAUACGCCAUGUGUGGCGGCUGCCCGCUGACGUGGAAGGGGUGGUCCGUGGAGGCGUUCUCCGGGCUAUGGGAGUUCAUCAAGCUCUCGGUGGCUUCUGGGGUCAUGCUCUGUUUGGAGAAUUGGUAUUACAAGAUAUUGAUUUUGAUGACCGGACACCUACAUAAUGUUACGAUCGAAUUGGAUGCCUUGUCGAUCUGCAUGAACAUCAGUGACUGGGAACUGAUGAUUCCUAUUGCCUUCUUUGCUGCGACCGGGGUGAGGGUUGCAAAUGAGCUUGGGGCAGGGAAUGGGAAGGCAGCGAAGUUCGCGGCGAUUGUGUCGGUGGUUCAAUCAACCAUCAUUGGGAUCUUCUUCUGCAUGUUGGUAAUGGUCUUACGCAGCAGAAUCGCGUUUAUAUUCACGUCAAGCGCCGACGUAAUUGAGGAAGUUAGUAAGCUGUCUUAUCUCCUAGGUGCGACCAUUUUACUCAACAGCGUCCAGCCGAUCCUAUCAGGAGUGGCAGUUGGAUCGGGAUGGCAAGCGUACGUGGCGUAUAUAAAUCUAGGAUGUUAUUAUGGAAUUGGGCUCCCUCUUGGGUUCCUUAUGGGCUGGGUAUUCAAUUUGAGUAUCAUGGGCAUAUGGGGCGGGAUGAUUUUCGGCGGAACGGCCGUGCAGACAGUAAUUUUAUCUAUAAUCGUUGUACGGUGUGAUUGGGAGAGGGAGGCCGAGAAAGCUCAACAGAGGGUAGCAAAAUGGUCGACUACUAAUAAUCCCAAUUGAUGACGGUGAACAUUUCUCAUCCUAAUUGAGAUUCAUGUCAUCAGUUGCCAAGGAGUUAAAUGAAAGCAGCCAUUUGACAUGAUCGCUCGCUCGUAUACGCAUGCAGGAGGGAGUUGCACAGCUUCAUUGCGGUGCAGAGACUGGCUGCAAAAUUUCUUUUUUCCUGUAAAAAUAUUACAUAUAUAUGAUAUAUAUCUUCACAUAUAUAUUUUUGUUGGAUAAAUA